CUCCUAUUACAAAAGGAAGAGCUUGAACAGAAGCAUCUGCAUCUACUACAAAUUGUCGAGAGUGAAAAAACGGCUAAAUGGCAAUAUACGCAACAAUGCGAAGAACUGACGUUUGAAAUUAAAAAAUUACGAUCCGAGGUAGGAAUUUAUUUAUCGUGUGAUCGCGGCAAUACUGGCACUGGAACAUCGCCAAACAUUGCCAGUGUUGUAGAUAUGGAAAAGAUUAAAAAAGUUCAAAGUUUUUUUCGCGGAUGGCUUUGUCGGCGCAGAUGGAAGCAGAUUGUUGAAGAGUACAUCAAAAGUCCCCAUGCUGAAAGCAUGCGUAAAAGAAAUAGAAACCUAGAAACCCAAUUUUAUAUAAUUUUCCACAUAAAAUAUUAA